UUAUGCCACUUUCUAUAACUGCAAGUCAGCAAGAGAUGAGGGAUCCUUAUUUCAGCUGCGAAAUAAGUUAAACCGUAGAGAUGUACAUGGACAUGAUGCAGUCACAGAAAGAUUCAGGGCACAUUAUGCUUUUGUUGAGGAUGUAUUAGAUGGAUACAUCUGUAGUGCUUUCAUGGACUUCUUUGGAAUGGAGGAGUUGGGCUCCUCUCCUACAAAGAACAAGCCACCACCUCUCAUUUCGACAUGGACGGAUGACGCCAAGCUAAGAUGGCUUGUAUCAAUAGGGCAACAAAUUCUAGAAAAUUACGUUAAGAAAGUGGAGUCAGAGGGAUACAAUAUGGAAGAAAUGGACAAUAAAAGUGCACAGCUCCAAGCCUGCUUUAAUGCUGCAGAUGGCCUGUAUGAAUGUGAAUACCACAAAACCUAUAAAACCCUUGGUAAUUUUAAACGGCAUUUACAAAAAAAUCACAAUUGGACUUCUCCUGAAAAAGACAAAAGUGCCACUUCCAGUACAAAGGAUGGUGCUGCAGAAGCUAGAGCUUCCUUCAUGAAGUGUUCCUUGAUCCUCCGAGACACUUAUGAUGCAUAUCAGAUGACUGAUGGGGACAGGAUAUUCCGCAAUGCCAAGUUUGAAAUGCUUCUUGCUGAUGCGUUUCACCAUACUAAAUAUCGCUUGUGGCUUUGGCGAGUCCUUGCUUAUGAAAAAGCACUUCUUACACCUCGACAAGCUUUUGAAUAUAAAUGGAACUGUUGCUCAAAUACAAAUGGGGGGAUUGGGAAAAAUGUGCCAAAUGAUUUACUGGUUGAGAUGAAUGUCAAGUCAAUCAAACAAAAACUGCGUACUCAAGGAGUUAAUGUAACAUACCAGAGUGCUAGAGUUAUUGCACUGUCCAGUCAGAUUCAAAAUGACAUAAAACAAAACAUUGUACAGCAAUGUGAUACACAUUUUGGUGCCACCCGGUCAACUGUUAAUAAAUUGACAGUCAUUGAAAUGAUUACAAAAGAAGUACUGAAUGGAGAUUUAAUGAAAACUAUUCAAGGUCGAGAGGGAGUGUUUUCUGAUUUUGUUGACCCAUUCGACAAAAUUGUCCCAGCAGAAUUGCACAAGUGGAUUAGUGCCCAAAAACUAAGGGCUGAACGUGAACUUAUUUGAGAAACAGGUGCAGAUGUUGCACAUGUACAAACUGAUUUAUUAAGUUACAUGAACCAAAUGUUUAAGGAAGCUCACCGUCAUAUGAUUUGUGCUUAAUAUUUCUGAUAAUAUGUCACAAGUUAUAGAUUUAAAUAUACAAAGGUGUUGAGACACCUUUAUCUACUACACAUGAAUCAUUUUAUAAUCAUGUUCUUAAAAAUAUCUGAGCAUUUAAUCAUUGUUGUGUCAGUCUGGCCUCAUAUCUACUAAACCUUUCAUGAGAAAUGGAUCUUAUAUUUUCUCAAGAAGUUUCGGACUAAGGCCUCUUAAGGUCAUUUUACAAAGGUCAGGGUCAUUCAUACCUUAUGUAUGAAAACCAUAGCCUCAUUUUAACAGUUAUUAAUCGUUCUACAAACAACUUUCAGACAAAUGUCACUCUUGUCAUUUUGUAAGGGCAGUGACACUCUGAACAUAUUAUCUUAUAGAACACUUCUCUUUAGCUGUUAUUGAUCUUGUAUUACAAUCUAUUAUGCGCAUAACUUUCAGACUUAAAGGUCUCGUAUAAGGAAAAAGUUUUUUUCAGCUGUUUUUGAAGAGGCAUUGAUUACUUUGAAUCACACAAAUAUAUAAAAGGCAUUUAGACAAAGAUCACUUUGUUAAGGGUCAAGGUCAGUCAGAAUAUAAACCUUAUAUAUAUCACUUUUCAACAAUAUUUCAAGUUAUUGAUUGCUGUAAAAGUCAUUUGUCAUAUGAAGUAGUUUAUUGGUUAGAAGCAGGGGAGCAUCCAUCAAUUUUUUUAAACAACAAUUUUGUUUGCUUUGGUUCAUGCAUCGUAUAUUUGUAUCAAUAAAAAUCAAUUGCUUACUUGAAAGUUUCA